AUGGAGUUCGAUGGGUAUCGUGGGGCGGAUGACGUGGAGGAGGAAGUGCGCAACGUGGGCGAAGGGACGGACCUCUUUACUCACUACGCCAUAGGCCUUCCCAUCCUUAUGCGCAUCUUUUCGUACUUGGACGUGCACUCGCUGCGUCGGGUGGUGCUGGUCAACCGUGCCUGGUACGGCCACAACAAGGACCGCCUGACGGAGAGUCAUGACGUGGAAAGGAGCCUGCAUGUGUGCGACUACCUGAGUUAUGUUGUGCAGAGCCACAUCAAGGAACUCAAACUCAAGGACCAGGCCUACAUUGCCGCCAAGAAGAACAAGGCAUGCCCGCCGGCCACCAACGACCCUUCUUGGUUCUGUCAAAAGAACGCGUCGCUCUUUACGUCCGACCCGUUGGUGGAGUACAACCCGACCGACAACACGAUCGACUACGUCAACGCGACAAUCGAUCUUCUGCGGCAGUACCUCAAGCUGCAGGCCGUCCGACAGCAGCAAAAGAAGCGAAUGGGGCUGAACGACAAGGAGGAGCAGGAACGGCGAGCCUUCCUCACGCAGCUGCUCAAGAUCAUGAACACGCAGCUGCGCGAUACCAUCCUCGCUCUCUCGGACAUUCUCAGCGGGCGCACCAAGUGGAACUCCAACUUUGAAAUCUUCGAGCUCUCGAUCAGGAGGUACUAUGAGCAGCUGAGGGUGCGUACGUGCCCACGCGGCAAGUUGCAGCAACGGCGGAAAGCGGGAGGGGAGCGCGACGCCGUGCUGAUGAUUCGAUGGCGCGCUUGA